AUGGCUAGUCCGCCAGUUCUAGCUUUCGAUGCCGAGGGCCGUCCAGUGAAGUUCGAAACCUGGCUAGAUGACCUGCACCUGUUCCUACAGCUCACUGCCAAGGAAGAUAUCUCACUGUACGACCACGCCCUAGGCCAUGCCACUGCCCCUGACUCGUCUGCUGACAGCACUCUGCGUUCUCAGUGGCAGACCCGUGAUGCGCACGCUCGCUUUGCUAUUCGCAACUCCCUGCCGCUAGACGAGCGCGAGCACUUCGGCCAGUGCAAGACUGCUAAGGACCUCUACACCGCUGUAGUUGCCCGCUACUCCUCACCCGCUUCUGCCACGCUAGGCCGCCUCACUCUCCCCUACCUGUUCCCUGACCUAGCCUCCUUUCACACUGUCGCAGACCUCAUCACCCACCUUAAGACUACUGAGGCGAGCAUCGUCGCUGUAGGCACCUCUCGUGGCGACCCCCGCACCCCGUUCUUUGAGGGGUGUUCCCCUUCCCCCCUCCUCCCCUCUGUCGCCUCUGCUGCUGCUGUCGACCUUCUUGGUGCUGAGAAGGUCGGGACCGCGUCUGCUUCGAGCGGGCGCCGCAGGAACAAGGGAGGCAGGGGUGGGGGUGGCGGCGGAGGAGGUGGGGGUGGAGGCGGUGGGAGUGGAGGCGCGGCUGGGGAGACUAGUGGCGGCAGUGGGGGAGGAGACAGCGGCGGUGGGAGUGGUGGUGGAGGCGGCAGCGGAGGCGGAGGUGGUCGUGGCGGCGGCAGGGGUGGAGGUGGCCGGGGCGGCGGCGGUGGGGGUGGUGGUCGUGGAGGCACUGGCGGAGGGCAGAGUCAGCAGCCCGCCCCGACGCUUCAGGCCGCCCGUGAGUGGUAUGCGCAGCGUAGCGUUACCUGCACGUACGUCAUUCGCACAGGUGACCGCAGCGGCCAGCAGUGUGGGAGGCCGCACCCCACGCAGCGCUGCUUCGCGCGCCUUAACGACGCGUGGCGCACUCAGUUUCCUGCUGCCACUGAGCUGCCGCGCUGGGCUGAUCUGGAAAAGAGGGGUGUUGAUAUUUGGGCUUUAGACUUUGAUGCUAUUCUCACUGCCAUGUAUGCGAUGUCUAUUAGUGGAGAGGGUGCUCAGUACUUGCGUGUUCCGCCCGACCCGGGCAUUCAGGCCAGCCCGGCUGCCGCUCUAGAUGCUAGUGCGUCUGCUCCCACAGGUCCUGGUGAGGCUGCAGCCCUAGGUGCUCGUGCGUCCGUGCCCCCUGGUACUGAGUCGACUGCAGCACUGCACACCUUCACACUGGACUCAGGUGCUUCUCGCUCUUUCUUUCGUGACCGCACUGUCCUUGAGCCACUCGCUCGGCCAGUUGCUGUCUCCCUUGCUGACCCCUCUGGGGGUCUGGUCAUUGCGACCUCCUCCACUGUCCUUCCUUGUCCGGCGGUCCCGUCCGGCACGCUGUCAGGUCUCUACCUCCCCUCGUUCUCUACGAACUUGGUGGCAGGUAGUGCACUCCAGGACGGGGGUGUUCACCAGUUCACCCCUGCCUACGAGCGCGUGACACACUGCACGUGUGCUCGGACGGGUCGCCACCUGGCUACCUUCACUCGGGAGCCGGGGUCAGCUGUCCGCCCCCUGCUCGUGUCGCUCUCUGGCGCAUGA